CGGCUCGAGUUUCGCCAAAUGCUCGUGUUGUGUUGACUGCUGGGAGUACAAUAUUUUAAAGUCGUUAUUUCGCGUUAUUAAAACAACGUUUUUAAAGGAUGCUUUGUUUAAUGGGAUUAUAAAUCAUCUUUAUUAAUCUUUUUUUUACAUUUGAACAAAGUAAAGUAUGUUUGGUGCACUUUGACGUCAAUAAGUGUUUGAUCCUAUGUGCCUUCCAAAAGUUUUAAAAGUUGGACAAGUUACAAGUUUUUAAGUGCCUGUUUUUUAUUAAAAUGUGGAAAAGGAAGUUAUAUAGUGAAUGUUUAUAAUUCAAUUAGCUGUGAUACCGUCAGGACAGAUAGCAUGGCGUAGAUAACUGCUACACUAUUGGCUGUCAGAACAUAUCGAUCGCUAUUUAUUUUAAAGGUUCCUUGAUGCGGUGACAAAAUGGACGCGGCGGACAAGCGAAUGUUGGAUCGCGAGGCGCUCCGCAACAUGAUCCAACAGUGGAACGCCAACCGCCUCGAUCUGUUUGAACUCAGCGAACCGAAUGAGAAUCUCGAAUUCCAUGGUGUUAUGCGAUUCUAUUUUCAAGAUUCGGGUCAAAAGAUAGCAACGAAAUGCAUUCGUGUGGCGUCCGAUGCUACAGUCAGCGAUGUCAUAGAAACACUGAUAGAGAAAUUCCGUCCAGACAUGCGUAUGCUAUCGCUCGGCUCGUACUCGCUGUGGGAGACGCACGGGCCGGACGACGAGAGGAAGCUGGAGCCGCACGAGAAGCCGCUGCUGGUGCAGCUCAACUGGCACGCGGAUGAUCGAGAGGGGCGCUUCCUGCUCAAGUGCUCUAGUGGGAACGAGAUGCCUUUAUCUGCUGUGAAUGAAAAGGGGGACCAAAACUUCAAGCGGAAACUUUCUAAGCGGGAAAAGAAAGAAUUAAAGAAAAAAGAAAAAUUGUCGAGACUAAAAUCUGACACAAACGAUGAAAACCGUCCAGUAGCAGAGAAAUUAUAUACAGAAUUACCGGAAACGUCAUUUACACGUAGUAUCAGCAACCCGGAGGCUGUGAUGCGCCGACGGAGACAGCAGAAGCUGGAGAGGAAGUUGCAACAAUUUCGGUCCAAGGAUGGCGGACCGGACACUGGCGGCACGCUGAAGAUCUACGGCUCGUCGCUGUGCCCGUCGGUGCCGUACAAGACGCUGCUGCUGUCGGUGGGCGACUGCGCCGCGGCCAUCGUGCGCGAGAUGCUCGACAAGUACGGGCUCGCGCGCCACGACCCGCACCACUACUGCAUCGUGCAGGUGGACGCAGCCGACAACUCCGAGUACAUCCUGGAGGACGACGAGUGCCCGCUCGCCAUCGUCAUGACGCACCCGCACCGCAGUUCUAUAAUGUUCCACGUGCGGCGGCGGCCGUCGGACGCCCAGCCGCGGCGCAGGAAGAAGAAGGUGGGCUCGAACGCCAGCUCUAGCGCUCGGCCCGGCAACGAGCCCAUGCUGAUAGAAGUCACGCCCGACGGCGCCGCGCUCGAGAACGGGAGACGGGUCCGCAUCACUGACGUUGUCGAGGUGGGCUCGGGCAACGGCACAGCGCUCCAGCUGUACGGGCCGUCGAUACAGCCGCGGCACUGCGUGGUCGCGGGCGCGGAGGGCGGCGGCUACACGGUGACGCCGCUGCAUGCGGACGCGCACGUGUACGUCAACGGGCGGAGGACUAUGCAUACCGCGAGGCUGCAGCACGGUUGCUUGCUGAAAUUUGGGCGCGUCUCCACGUUCCGUUUCGUGGACCCCGCCCAAGAGAACCUCAUCAACAGAAACCUCACUCAGUCGCAACACUACGGCUCCGGUUCGAUAUACGACAGGUCGGGCGCGGACAGCGGCGCCAUGUCGCCCGCGUCGCUCGCGUCGCACGCGGCGGAGCACGCGCCGGACGCGAACGCGAACGCGAACACGAACACGAACUCGAACGCGAACGACGCAGAGUUCGCGCGAGCGGGCAGCCCGGGCUCGCACGACACGUACGCGUACAACGACCACCAGCCGUACAACAACAACACGCUGAAGCUCGACAACGAGUCGCUCGUGGUGUCCGACUCGAAGGACGAGUACGCGAGGGACGAGCACUCCGGUGUGUAUAGCGAGCAGGAGCAGGCGCGGGCGCACGCGCACGCGCACGCGCAGUACAAGGACAACUACGAGACCACGUUCGACCUGGACGGCAAUGUCGAGACUAAGAGCAUAUGCAGCGCCAAGAGCGGCGGUUCCGGGCACGAGAACAGGAGCGGCGGCAGCUGGCGGGCGGGGCAGGAGGCGAUCCUGCCGGCGGUGCUGGAGUUCCCGGAGGCGGGGCAGGCGCAGUUCCUCGCGGCCGUCAUCACGCGCCUCGACCCGCACGCGCCCGCCUUCAAGCUGGCGCCCGUCUACACGCUCUACUUGUGCGCUAGAUAUCGCGCAUCAACCCACUACCGGCCCGAGUUGACGCCGACCGAGAGGGCUCACAAAUUGACAGCUUUCCUACAUCACGUCGCGACGCUCAUACAUGCCACCGUUCAGGAACGAUGCACCGAUUCCGCCGCUCAAGCGUUUUGGAUGGCGAACGCUAGUGAACUGUUGCACUUCCUGAAAUGUGACCGACACAUAUCGUCGUUUUCAACUCAAGCACAGGAACUAUUGCCUACAACUGUACAAAAUGCAUUCAGCAACUUGGUGUCGUGCUUCGCGGAGGAGCUGCGCGGCGCGGUGGCGGAGCUGGCGCGCGGCGGCGGCGCGCCGGCGGACGGCACCGAGGCGACCGCGCCGGUGCUGCAAGCGCUCGCCGCCGCUAUGGUGCUGCUGCGCCGCUGCCGCGUCAACGCCGCGCUCACCAUACAGCUGUUCUCGCAUCUGUUCCAUUUCAUCAAUGCGAUUGCGUUCAAUAAGCUGGUGACGGAGCCGAGCAACGUGAGCGCGCGGUGGGGCGCGGCGCUGUCGGCGCGGCUGGCGCUGCUCGCCGCGUGGGCCGAGCGGCAGGGGCUCGAGCUCGCCGCCGACUGCCACCUCGCGCGCACGCACCAGGCCGCGCGGCUGAUCCAAGGCGAGUACCGCACGGCGGAGGAGGUGCGCGCGGCGCUGGCGGCGUGCUUCAAGCUGAACUCGGUGCAGGUGCGCGCGCUGCUGGCGCCGCUGCUGCCGCCCGACCUGCUGGACGCCGCCGUGGCGCACGCGCGCGCGCUCGCCGACGAGCUCUACCGCGCCGACGGCCGCGAGAUAAGGUUGGAAGAGAACGAAUGGUUGGGCGCAGCUCUACUGAUUCCUGGUGAUGGAUUCAGCGCUGAAGUGGUUCGAGGUGUUCCACCAGGUCUCGCGGAGUUCGUGGCGCCGCUGCAGCGCGGCGGGCUGUGCCGGCUCGCGCACCAGCCGCACGCGGCGGGGCUGUGGACGGUGUACAUGCACGCGUACGGCGCGCCGCCGCGCCGCGCGCCCGACCCGCGCCCGCAGAUCAUCCAGCUGCACAAGAACACCAGCGGCAUGGGGCUCAGCAUCGUCGCCGCUAAGGGUGCGGGCCAGAGCAAGCUGGGCAUCUACAUAAAGUCGGUGGUGGCGGGCGGCGCGGCGGCGGCGGACGGGCGCCUGGCGGCCGGCGACCAGCUGCUCUCCGUCGACGGACACUCGCUCGUCGGCAUCUCGCAGGAGAAGGCGGCAGAGUACUUAGUAAGGACGGGGCCGACGGUGACAUUGGAAGUCGCGAAGCAAGGCGCUGUAUUACAUGGCCUGGCGACAUUGUUACAUCAGCCAACUUACAGCCAAAACAGACAAGGUGGGAGUGCGGGUGGCGCGGGUGGUGCGGGUGGUGCGGGUGGCGCGGGUGGCGCGGGUGUGGCGGGCGCGAGGCGCGCGUCGGAGCGCGACCUGCCCGCGCGGCUGGCGGCCGAGCCGGUGAAGCCGAGCAAGAGCACGCCCGCGCUGCACCACGCGCCGGCGGCCGCCCCCGCGCACGCGCACGCGCACCACGCGCACGCGAACAUCGCUGGUCCAUUAAGCCCGGGUGGCCAAUCGGUGGCAAGCAACUCGUGGGCGAACAAAUCACGCAGCAGCCACAACCUAUCGACUCCACAUGGCGACUCUUUCUACCAGAACCUGUCGUCGGUACACGACAAACAAGACAGCAGGUGGUCAUCUCUCCGCUCCUCCGGUAGCGGGCGGCCUCAGUCUGCUCACUUUAACUCCUCGGAACAAUCAAAUGAACCAAGUCCCGCUCAACAACAUCAGGUAAACCAAGCGAACGCAAGGGCUGCAAAACUAGCAGAAAUGUCCGAAGAAGUAAAUAGAAGACAACAACUCCAACAUCAACAUCUACAACAUCAACAUAUGCAGUACCAAAAGCCCGUCAUGCCGCAGAUGUACGUGCACACGGGGUACGGACAGGGACCCCAGGGGCUGUAUGGCUCAUCACCGCAGGGCUUGCAAAAUGUGCAAGGAUCAAUGCAAGGACUGCAAAACGUUCAAGGUUCCAUGCAUGGAUUGCAGAACGUACAGGGCUCAAUGCAGGGCCUACAGAACGUUCAGGGCUCAAUGCAGGGGUUGCAAAACGUUCAAGGAUCCAUGCAAGGUUUACAAAACUCACAAGGCUCUAUGCACGGCUUGCAAAACACACAAGGUUCGGUACAUGGGAUGCAGACUUCGCAAUCGAUGCACGGAUUGCAAAAUGUUCAAGGCUCGAUGCAUGGCCUGCAAAACGCCCAAGGUUCGAUGCAGGGUCUGUUGAACGUGCAAGGCUCUAUGCAGGCUUUGCAAGCCAUGAGUCCUCAGAACCAGCAACCGUCUCCGCAACUGCACGGCUCGCAAUACUUACACUCGCAGCACCAGAGCCCGCAUUAUCACAACCAACAUGUCCAACAACAGCCUCAACGUUACGAGUGGCACCAGCCUGGGCCACCAUCGCCACAAAGGUCUCAGCCCCCAGUGGCCCCCAAGCCUCACGGCCGUAGACCUGAACAAGAUGUGGACGAGAUGCCGCACCAGCAUGGCGCCAGUUCCGUGCAGCCGGAUGAUGAGCGGUACGUGGCGAGCGCGCUGGACCCGCCGGCGGUGUCGGUGUACCCGGCGGCGGCGGCGGGCGGCGCGGGCCGCGGCCUGGCGCCGCACAACCCCUGGCAGCGCGAGGAGCGCGAGCGGCAGGCCGAGGCGCGCCGGGCCGCCGCGCGCGCGCGCAGAGAUGCAGCUAUAGCGCAAUUGUUAGCGUUAGGAUCAUCGCGCACACCGGUACAAAAUCAGCAACUACGCGCUUUGCAGCUCGAGAGAGAUUUCGAAAGGCGCGCCACGCAGGAUGAUCAGGACGAGGGUGGUACUGGAGAGGGCAGCCCCGAAGAUGAGUCAAUGUCAACGGAGAUAUUGGACCACGAGAGAGAGUUGCGGACAUCACACGGGCCGCACGUCAGCACGCAGCCGCAGCCGCAGCCGCACAUGCAUCAGCCGCAGCACGUGCAUCCGCAACCACAACCGCAGCCGCACUCGCAAGCGCAGCCGCAACCUAAAUCGAUAUUAAAGACAAACACGCGAACCGAAAUCGUCAAUGGAUAUUCGUCACAUGUUAACACAACAGAAGAGACGCGGAUAUCGGAGCUAUCCACAAGCAUAUCCAACCUCUCGAUGUCUGUAUCGAGCAACAUGACGAAUAACACCAGCAGUGGGGAGGCGCUGCCUCCCGCGCCGCCAGAACGCGGCUCCUCCUUCGCGGUGAUGGCGGGCCGCCGCGCGCUCUCGCCGCACCAGCAGCACGCGCCGCACCAGCAGCAUGUGCCGCACCAGCAGCACCUUGUUGGACAUGACAAUGUAGCGCCACAGUCGCCGGUGAGCGCGACCCGCGACAAGCGCGUAUCGUUCCACGAGCGCGCGGCGGAGAGCGCGGAGGCGGCGUCCCCCGCGCCCUCGCCGCGCGCCUCCCCGCCGCCCGGCGCCCCCGGCGCCCCCGCGCAGCCCGGCGCCCCCGCGCCCGCCGCGCCGCCCGCGCCGCCCGCCUCCUCGCCGCCGCCGCUGGACGCGCCCGCGCACAGAGAGGACCCCGAUCGCUUCAUAGAGGAAGCGCAGAGCAUGAUGUCGGGCCCCACCAUGGCGUCCACCACGUCGCCGCUCAACACCCACACGCCCGGCGUCAUCGGCGCGCAGGAAGUCUAUCGCGACCCGGUGGCGCGGCGGCUGGCGGCGGCCCGCGCGCGCGCCGCGCCCGCGCCGGUGCCCGAGCAGCUCUCCUUCAAGGAGAAGAUGAAGAUGUUCGCGCUCGAGUCCGGCGAGGCCUCCACGCCCAAGGAUAAGGUACACGCUGUGAAGAUAUCGCGCGCCCAAAGAGACAUCGAUGCGGUACACUAAAUGAUUCGUCCCACAACAGUUUAAUAUAAGUAUAUACAUUAUAAAUGUAGUAUUUGCAGCUGAUUCAGUAUUAAAGCAAUACGUUCGUCUAUUUAUAAAGUAUCAAAUUAUACGGCAUGGCCUUCGACGGGCGAUAAAUAAUUUAUUCGAUAAAUAUGCGCGGACCACUCACUCACUAUAUAACGAGACUUCGUCUCAUUUGCCUUUCUUUUUAAAACCAAUUGCACCAAUUUACAAUUUGUAGGGAAUAAGUAAUGUUUGUAAACAUAUAUUUUAUGGCAGUAAAUUUAAAGUAAUAUUUUUAACAGAUUUAAUGUCGCCUUAGCAGCUAGUGCAAUUAUUUAAUAGUGAUAACGAUAGCAACUAUUUACCACGUAUAGCGAAUACUUCAUGUGAACUCGUACUAUUCGUUUCGGAUGGCACAUAACAUUCUAAAGGUUUUAUUUUUCCAAAUUAGUAGUGCCAUUUAUUUAAAUAAAUUGUUAAUGUUUGCUACAUGAGAGUUUUAUUAGAAGGACCAAAAAUAAUAAAUUUCUGUGGGUGCCUUUAUGUGUACUUAGUGUAAUUGAAACAUAUCCAUAUUUAUGUAAACUCAUAAAUUAUUGUUUUAUAGUUCCGCUGUCUUUUUAGCUUCGUUACAUUCCAAAGAAUGAAACCUUUCGAAUUAUUUCUUCCUAAAGCAUUCCUUGACUCGAGUUUUAUAGAUAGGCUAUAAAUGAGAAAAAUAUUUAUCUAUAUUACUAUUAUUAAAUACUAUGAAAUUAAUUAUACAACAAAAGCAAUAAAUCGGUGAGCUUUUGUAUAAAUAGAAGUAAAAAUAAAAUAAUUAGCACGAUGUUGUGCCAAAAAUUUUAUACCCUUACGAUAACUAUUUCAUUUUUUUUUCUUUUUUGAUUUCAAGUGCUGUAUCGGUUUCAAAUGACUCGCAGUUAAUGUUAGACAAAAAGAGUUGAAUAUAUUUUAAGUUGACGAUGAGUAAAAAAAAACAUUUGAUCCGUUCAUGACAAAAGACUAGAUGCUGGAAUCCAUAGGUGUUAUCUAUUCAAGGCACUAAUAUUAUGUAAAUAUUAAAUUUUGUAGUAACUUCUAUGAUUGUGUUAUUUGUACACAUUGUUUUAUUUGUAAAUGAAAUUUAUAUGAAACGUAUAUAAAAUAUCUAUAGUUUACAUAGAACUCAUAGUGACGAGAGGCCUAGACGUAGCGGUAGGUAUAUAUUGUAGCUCUAGCCACUGGGCUCCUUGCUCCCAGUAUUUCACCCAACGAUAGUCAAUUAGAAAGCGUUUAAGAUUAAAUUUAGUUUCUCCCCUUUAUAUCACUUAGUCUGUAUAUAAAUCAUUCUUGAUAACUUAGUUCUGAUUAUAAUUAUUAUUUAAAUAUUAUAAUUG